AUGCCUAAAUAUUAUUGUGACUAUUGUAAGUCAUAUUUAACUCAUGAUACAAUGAGUGUUCGUAAAUCUCAUUUAAUUGGUAAGAAUCAUGUUAAAUAUUAUUGUAAUUAUUAUGAACAAAAAGCUAAAGAAUCAGGUAUAUGGGAUCCGAAUGAAUUAAUAUAUGAAAUAAAUCUUACAUAUCUAAAUCAUAAAGCUCCAGGAAGUUUAAAUCCUAAUUAUAAAUAUAAAAAUAUUAAUGCAAUAUCUGAAGAUGAUUCGCAUAUUCAUGUGGUUGAGAGUAGCACAACUAGUAAGAAUGAAAGAGAUGAAGAAGAAGAAUUCAAUUUACCGCCACCACCUCAUUUGGCUGGAUUUCCAUUGCCUCCCCCUUCGGUAUUGAAUAAUACUAGGGAAUAUCAAAAGGCGAUUUUAAAACAUAAAUAG